UGGUCAUCUCCUGUACUGUGUCCGCAGUCUCCGGUCAUCUCCCAUACUGUGUCUGCAUUCUCUGGUCAUCCCCUGUACUAUGUUUGCAGUCUCUGGUCAUCUCCUGUACUAUGUCUGCAGUCUCUGGUCAUCUCCUGUACUAUGUCUUCAGUCUCCAGUCAUCUCCUGUACUGUGUCUGCAGUCUUUGGUCAUCUCCUGUACUGUGCCCACAGUCUCUGGUCAUCUCCUGUACUGUGUCCACAGUCUCUGGUCCUCUCCUGUACUAUGUCCACAGUCUCUGGUCAUCUCCUGUACUGUGUCCGCAGUCUCUGGUCAUCUCCUGUACUGUGCCCACAGUCUCUGGUCAUCUCCUGUACUGUGUCCGCAGUCUCUGGUCAUCUACUGUACUAUGUCCAGAGUCUCUGGUCAUCCCCUGUAACGUGUCCGCAGUCUCUGGUCAUCUCCUGUACUGUGUCUGCAGUCUCUGGUAAUCUCCUGUACUAUGUCUGCAGUCCAUUGGUUCAGAAUAUUUUUUUUCUUGUUUUCCUACUCUAA